UGCUGUUGCAUAUCUCACCCCACCCACAAGCUAAGCCAGCCAUGGCCGCCCUAGCCCCUCUCCCAAUAUUAGUGCUUACAUGUUUUCUAGCAUGCUUUGCUUCAACCUCGGCGGCAGCCUAUUACACCCCAGCAACAUGGAGUACUCCUUAUGCCCCCGGCACUCCUAAGCCCAUUUUGAACGCAAUAGACUCGUGCUGGCGCACGAAAUCGAACUGGGCGGCCAACCGCCGUGCUUUGGCAGAUUGCGCGGUGGGGUUCGGCAAAGAUGCAAUAGGAGGAAAAUAUGGGAAGAUAUAUGUGGUUACCACGCCCUACGAUGACGCAGUAAACCCCAAACCAGGCACGCUUCGAUAUGGUGUAAUCCAAACGCAGCCACUGUGGAUCGUUUUCGCCAAGGACAUGGUUAUCAAACUCAAGAACGAGCUUAUUAUGAACAGUUUCAAGACCAUUGAUGGUAGAGGGGCUAAAGUGGAGAUUGCGUACGGGCCAUGCAUCACGGUGCAACGCGUAAGCCAUGUUAUUAUACAUGGGAUCAGCAUUCAUGACUGUAAGCCGGGGAAGUCUGGCCUCGUUAGGAGCAGCCCGACCCAUGUCGGGCGUCGUGGAGGCUCAGAUGGAGAUGGCAUUUCUGUGUUUGCAUCCUCGAAUGUUUGGAUUGACCAUUGCUUUCUCGCCCGUUGCGCGGAUGGCCUCAUUGAUGUCGUCCAUGCUUCAACUGCCAUCACCAUCUCUAACAACUAUUUCUCCCAGCACGAUAAGGUGAUGCUGCUUGGACACAACGACGCAUAUAGUGAAGAUAAAGUUAUGAGAGUCACAAUAGUCUUUAACCGUUUUGGUGCUGGCCUUGUUGAGAGGAUGCCCAGGGUCAGGUUUGGAUAUGCCCAUGUCGCCAACAAUAAGUAUGAACAGUGGAGUAUGUAUGCCAUCGGCGGCAGUGCUGAUCCAACCAUCUUCAGCGAAGGAAACUACUUUAUAGCUCCUAACAAGGACUCCAACAAACAGGUUACGAAGAGAGAGUACCCAAACAAGCAGGGAAACUGGCAUAAUUGGAAAUGGAGGUCUUCUAGGGAUGUAUUUGUGAAUGGAGCUUAUUUUGUUCAAUCUGGGUGGGGAAGUUGCGCUCCAUAUUACUCUCAAACUCAAUCAUUUGCAGUUGCUCAUGGAGUGAUGGUGCCUGCUCUCACUUCCAAGGCUGGCACUCUCACUUGUGUUGCUGGUAAAGCGUGUUGAUUUGCCUACUUACAACUAUACAAGCUUAAAGCUUCUUUCUUUUUUUUACGACUCUUUUCUUCCUUCUUUUCCUCCCUGAAGUGAUAUAUAUAUAUACACAACUUGCUUCUUCUUGGAAGCAUGUUUGCACUCGAGAGUACGUAGUUGGAAGGAAACUUCAAUCCAAGGGCUUGUAAUAAAUCUUAAAUAUCAUUUUGGAGAUUAUCCAAAUUGAGUUUAUUAUAUAUGGUACUCAUGCAUGUUACAGUA